GUCGUCGCGGUCCCGUAAUCCUGCCCUGCGUUCACUUCGUUGGCGGCAGAAAGCUCACAGAAGACAGAAAUCAAGCAGCAUCUCUGCAUCUGCUCCCUCGGGUCAGUCGGGUGGUGGUGGUCGUCUUCUUGGUCGCGGUCUGGGAACCAGUUAUCCAGUCUCACAGUGAACCCUAGCACUUUGAAGUCUGAAGCAUUCCCAGCCCAGUAGCCCUCCAUCGUCUUCGCUGGCCUCUCGAACCCAGAUCUGUGUGUAUCUUUGUUCAUAUGCGAUUCCAGUAAUGACAAGCUGAAGAAAGAAUCAAAUAUGGAAGGCGAUCUUCAGAAGUCUUUGUCUUUGCGCCCCAAUCGUAGAGGAGACCGAAAUAAUCAAACCGCAUCUGAUAAAGAUUCAGAAGCAGGUUUCCUUUCUUCAGGUUGGGCCUCCCAAGAUGGUUACCCGGUUAAGAUUGUUUGGAGGAAGGGGUUUAUUCGAUUGGUUCUUGUUGCGGGGAUCCUGUGGAUGCUAUUAAUUCUUGUUGCAUUGUUGUUCCAUAUAUGGUCUUGUCAAUCUACUGUCUCCUUUUUAUCAGUUAUGUGUAACAAAGAAAGCAAGGUUUACUACAUGUUAGACACUAUGGGACUUGUAUCAAAACCUCACAGGUGCCCUAUUCCUGUUGCCAACAACCCUGAUAAAAUUAUUAUCCCAAAUGGAAGAACUUCUGAUAAAAUUGUUAAAAAGUUAUCAUAUGUUAUGGAAGAUGAAAUUUCACAUAAUGGUUCUCAAUCAUCUCCUCUAUUUGGAGGCCAUAUAAGUUGGAAGCAGAGGGAGGAAAGUUUCAAACUAAAAUCAAAUAUGAAGGUGCACUGUGGAUUUAUCCAAGGCGGUGGUGCUAACAUGGAUCCUGUAGACAUCAAAUAUGUCAAGAAAUGUAAAUUUGUUGUUGCAUCUGGCAUUUUUGACGGCUAUGAUCUACCUCAUCAGCCAUCAAAUAUAAGUGACCGCUCCAAGAAGCUCUUUUGCUUUCUUAUGGCGGUGGAUGAAGUAUCUCUGAAAUUCAUUAGGGAAAAUGCUACUGUCAAAGUAGACAAUGAUGGUGGAAAAUGGGUAGGAAUUUGGCGUCUUAUUCUUCUUAAGCAUCCACCUUAUGAUGAACCAAGAAGGAAUGGGAAGGUUCCCAAGAUUUUAACUCACAGAAUGUUCCCUGAAGCACAAUAUAGCAUAUGGAUAGAUGGUAAAAUGGAGCUGAUAGUUGAUCCAUUGCUAAUGCUUGAGAGAUAUCUAUGGCGUGGGAAGCAUUCAUUUGCCAUUGCUCAACAUAAGCAUCACCGCAGUAUAUACGAAGAGGCAGAUGCAAACAAAAGGCGAAAGCGAUAUGCACGACCCCUCAUUGAUCUCCACAUGAAAAUCUACUAUUAUGAGGGAAUGAAGGAAUGGAAUCCAAAGAAAAGGACUGCCAGUGAUGUGCCAGAGGGAGCAAUCAUACUCCGAGAACACACUGCGAUGACCGACUUGUUUAGCUGCUUGUGGUUCAAUGAGGUUCAUCUCUUCACACCAAGAGAUCAACUUAGUUUUGGAUAUGUUGCUUACAGAUUAGGGGAGUCAUUCAACUUCUUCAUGUUUCCAAACUGUGAAUAUAAUUCACUGUUUGUGUUGCACCCUCACACAAGAGAGCACUCUUCUCCCAUUGAAUGGGUUAAACGGUUGGAUGAACUCAAGAAUAGCAACUUAAGAGAAACUAGAGGAGGAUUAGGUUUAUUCACCCCUUAUCCAGGGAAUCUUAAAUAUGUUGUUUUGCCAAAUGUAACAAGAACAUCUAAAGCAGGCUGAAUUUUUGUUUAAUAACAUUAUCUAUCUCUUAUGUAUUUUUUCCCUCGAGAUUUAUUGUUAAUUUACUUAAUGAAUGAGAAAAAGAUAUAUUUUUGUUUAA